AUGUCAUCUGGCACAACAGCGGCCACCUCCUCUUCAGCUGGAAAUGCUGAAACUCAGGUGGUUGAUGAGAUACCGGAGGCGUUGAACACGAUUCUCUUGAUGGUUGUCAAGAAUUUCUUCUCUAAUGAGCAUUUUCUGCUCGUCUACCACAUAAUGCGUGCUCAAUGUAUUCGAGAAGAAAAUCUGAAAGCCCGCCUCCAAUUCGAUCAAAAACAACUCCGACAACUUCUGGCUCAGCUGAAAUUGGAGAAAUUAGUGAAAGAGAGGAUAAUUACACAGAAGAAUGAGAAUAAUCGAACAGUUUCAAUCAUCUUCUAUUAUAUCAAUUAUCGGGCGGUGCUGAAUGUGGUCAAAUACAAAAUUGAUCAUAUGAGACAAAAACUGGAAUCCCGAGAGCAAAUGGACACGAAUCGGGCGCAUUACAAAUGCAAUGCCUGUCAGAGUACAUAUGAUACACUUGAUAUCACUCGGAUAUUGGAUAUCGAAACGGGUCGAUUAGUGUGUUGGAGGUGUCACGGAGAGGUAUUGGCUGAUGAAUCAGUGGCACCGACGAAGGCGACGAGAAGCGCGGUCGCCCGUUUCAACGAACAAAUGAACACACUGUACUCUCAUAUCUGUGCUCUCAAUGGUAUCCAAUUGGCUCCGCAUCUUUUGGAACCAGAUAUAGCAAAAUAUCUGGAAGACGAUAAGGCGGCUCUCCAAUUACAGCAACAAAUGGAUUUCUCAUCUGGCGGUGGAAAUCGAAUUCAAUUGGGCGGAGUCGCCCAUUCGUAUCACAAUGCGGCAACGAUUAAUUAUCAGAAUGGAGAUGCCGUUUUCGUCGAUUUGAAUGCUGCUAGUAAUAAAGGACCCGUCGAGGAGGCGAAAAUUAUACCCGAAUGGUUGAAGGAUACGGCGAUAGGUGGAGAAGCGUCACAUAAUGAUAAUGUGUUGGAUCAAGCAACAAACGAGGACGACGAGGCGACAUCAAGUAAAUCUGGUCCGGAUAUCGAAUGGUUGAAAGAAGUGGAAUAUAGUUCAGAAGAUAUGAAACCAGUGAAAAUAGAAGAACCGCCGGCGAAACAAAUCAAAUUGGAAGAAGACGUGACGACAGAAUCUCUUGAGGAUUCAGAAGACGUGAAAGUGAAAAUGGAAUUGGAUGGAGAUUCAGAUGGCCAAGAAGACGAAGAAUGUAUGAUACACGUCGGCGGACGAGUUCUCCCGUUGAGUCAAAUCACUCCGAAAAUGGUCGAAGAGGAGAUGAAUGUGGCGGAGCAGGAGGAGUACUGUAUCAUUGUGCAGGAGUUAUUCGCCUUGUUCUUCUCUCAACAAUGCUCAGUUUAUUGA